AUGGAAAUAGGGUUCCCAACAGAUGUGAAGCAUGUCGCUCAUGUUGGCUUCGACAACCUGCAUGGAACCUCCCCAUCUUGGAUGAAUAACUACAAGGCCUCACCUGACUACUUCGCCUCUGGUUCUUUCAGUCAUCUCGAUUCCACAAGCAACUCCUGGGCUUCCCUAGAUUUUGAGCAGAGGGGGCUUCAACCUGCUGCAGCAGCAGAUCCUCCUGGUACAGUGCCAGAGCAUCCAUGUCCAGAGCUGCCGAGGGCACCUAAAAGGCCCAAGAAGAAGAAGGAGAAGGUGAAGUCCCCUUCCCCGACGAGAUCUUCUGCAGCAUCAACAGAUUCAUACUCCACGGCAAUGGAGGAUGUUGGUGAUCAAAUGAGGGGGACUUUUAGAAUAUAUAUAAAUUAA